AUUUGCGCAUAUCGACUGUCACGAGGCUCAUCAGCACUUCCGCGUUCACGGACGAGCUUUGAAAACCAGCUUGCCCAAAGAUGUUCACUAAAUUAAACUUUUGUUGUUUUCUUCUUACAUAUAUAUUUGUAUGCUUGUCUGCGCAAUAUGUACCUCCGUACACAGAAGAGUGCAGAAGUGGAAUGUAUCCUCCAAAAGGUCCGACAUUCAAAGGUGAUGUUCCCUGGUACACAGUUGAUCUGGAUCUGCCACCGAGCAAAAGAUGGACAAAUAUCAUCACAGACAAAAAGAAAGAUAUGGCGAGCAUGAUUCAGGCGAUCAGAGAUCUAGCGGAUGCCUUCGUUCCCAGUGGGAAGCUCAUUGAACUGGUAGAUCAUGAUUUGCCCUUGAUGGUCAACACUCUUCCUUAUCCGUUUAAUGAAGAGAUUAAGGGAGUUGCAUCCGUGUCUGGUGUUCCUUUGGGUGAGGUGAUGCUCUUCAAUAUAUUUUAUGAGGUGUUCACCGUAUGCACUUCACUGGUUGCAGAGGAUGUAAACGGCAAUCUGAUCCACGCCAGAAAUCUUGACUUUGGACUUUUCAUGGGAUGGGACAUGAAGAACAGGACGUGGCUCAUAACAGAGAAGCUGAGGCCACUGGUUGUCAACAUUGACUUCAGGCGAAAUAACCACACCGUCUUUAAAUCCACCAACUUUGCUGGAUACGUAGGCAUGCUGACUGGCAUUCACCCGCACACAUUCACUCUCACUAUGAAUGAGCGAUUCAGUCUGGAUGGAGGGUACAUUGGGAUCUUGGAGUGGAUUCUGGGGAAGAGAGAUGGCAUGUGGAUGAGUUUUCUGACUCGCUCUGUACUGGAGAAUGCCACCAGUUAUGAGAAUGCCAAAGCCCUGCUGUCUGACACUAAGCUGCUGGCUCCGGCCUACUUCAUCCUUGGAGGAAACCAGACAGGCCAGGCCUGCAUUAUUACCAGAUCCAGAACACAAAACCUCAAUCCACUAGAGUUAGAUUUAAAGAAUGGCAGGUGGUAUGUGUUGGAGACUAACUAUGAUCACUGGAAAGCGCCUCUGUUUUUAGAUGACCGCAGAACUCCUGCUAUGAAAUGCAUGAAUCAGACCACACAAGGAAAUAUCACUAUGAAGACGGUCUAUGAUGUCCUCUCAACCAAGCCAGUCCUAAACAAAUUGACCACAUACACUACUAUCAUGGAGGUGUCCAAAGGAUCAUUGGAGUCUUUCAUUCGUGACUGCCCCAACCCCUGCAUGCCAUGGUAACAGGUUCCAUCAAGACCUGCUGCAUCGUCAGGACAUUCUUCUGCACAUUUAGAGAGAUCAGCGUCAGAUGUCACUUUUGAACAUCACUCAGCUUAAUUUUAAGGUUAUGGACCUGUUAAUAAUUUGACCAAGCUUAGUCUUGGUUCAUAAUGCAAAAUCAUUAAUUUUUAGAGUUACUCCUACUCUUUAGUAAAUUGCACUAAUAUUGCUCAGAACUUUAACUGAUUGUAAAAGUUUAUUUUUUUAAUAAUUGACUCAAAUGUUUGGGAAUCUGAUUUGGUUUUUUUUAUAUAAUACUUUUAUUUGUAACAGUUUUCAUACAGAAAUGUACUGUGGAACAUUUUAAUUUGAUAAACACUACUCGCGUGCCAGCUUUGUUUUAUCUUGUCUGUUAAACUGAAGUGUGUUAUAUUGCUUCAUCUUGAAACAAACAACUUGAUCAAUCAGAAAAAACGAAUGUAUAUGAUUUAUAUACUACAGCAGUGUGCAAAUUAGUCACAUGCAGAAACGGUAUUAACAACCUGUAGAGAGGAAAUAAACUCGGAAACUUGC